ACUUCAAAUUUGACAAUUUGUUCGGAAGAAAUAAAAGAUGGAGUAUUAAUGUGAAAAAAGUAGCUUAAAACAAUUUUUGUGAAAAUAUAAAUUGAAAAAUAUGUAUUAUUUAAUGUGUGGUGUGAAAAAUUGCCGGUAUAGGCAUUACCGGCGUUUGCCGAAGAACAUUUCGUUGUAUAUGCUGCCUCGGGAUGCACCGUUGGAGAUGAAAAAUUCAUGGAGACAAGUUUGCAAGGGAAGACUCAUAGCAUGUUCCGAGCAUUUUGACGAGGAUGACUUUCUGAAGCCCAAAGUUCAUCCAGGAGCUGCUUCUUCUGCCCAUGGGAUGGCCAAGCCACUGAAGCACUUUGUUGUUCCGAAGAUCAGAAAUCGAGUGAAUGAGUCCAGAGGACAGGAUAGUUCAGGAAUGGAUAAAUCGCAGAAGGGGACUUUGGAGAAAAAUGGGAAGUCUGAGAAUAUUAUCAUUCUGGACAGUGACAAUGAAGAUGUGGAGCCUGUGCAAGAAGAGGAUCCUUUAGCGCCAGACAGGAGUCAAGAUAAUGACUCAGGGAAAGUGCCAAGUAAAGAUUCUUCAGCAUCAUCAAGUAUUAAAUCACCGUUGGGGAUAAACAUUGAAAAAGCAAAAGCACUGAAUGCAAUGUUGAACCAGAGAAGGAAUGCAGCGGUCAAGGACACUGAAGAUGCCAGCGGAAGCAAGAAAACUCCCAUGCUUCUGUCCGAUCUCAUUAAAUACCUCAAGGCAACACCCGAGAACCCUGGGAAAGGGUAUAUUGGGAAGAGUAGAAAACCUGCAACGCCUGCAACGGUAACGUCAAAGACUGCAACGGUGACUACCGAGGUGACUACUGUUCCAAAACCUUCCACAUCCACGAGUUCUCCUCAAAUCUCCUCAAAUGUGAUUAAACGAAAAGCAGAAGCAGAUCCCGAUGAACCGCAAGGUGCAGCAAAGAAGCCUCAUGUGAAUGCCCAGGAAGAUUCUAAGGAGAAACUUCCACGAAAAGUUGUCUUGAGAGAAGUCAAAUUGGCGAGGAAAAAUUUUGGAAAUGUCCUGGGAACAAUAGCUCUACAUAAGUUGCAGCAGAAGACCCAAGAAGUUCUCAAUGAACUGCCAGUAGCUCAAAAUCCUCAAAAUGCAAACCAGGUUCGCCUUGGAACGGUGUUCCUCCAAGGAAAAGAUGUCACAGUGAAGACAAUGAGUCAGGUUAAAAAUGAAUCAACUGAGGAUAAAAAGCCCAUUUCGAAUGUCAAUCUCAAGAUUGUCUCAAUUAGGAGUUUGGGUCAAGAAGCCGAGGCUAAAGCCGGACCUUCCAGGGAAGUCAUGCAAAUGACAUCCCUUGAAGAGUUGCGUAAGAAACAUGUCCAGAAACCUCAGCCAGUGCCACAAGGAAUGCCUCAAGCGCCUCAAGCGAAUGCUGGAAAACCUGGUCAGAUUAAGGUAGUUCCACUUGAUAAAUUGACCAAACCACUCUCAAAAAUUCCACCUGCUGCUUCUGCCGUUGUGAAUUUCGCACAGAAAACCCAGAAAACCCACCAGAUAGCUUCUCCUGUACCUUCAGAAUCGGCAAAAGCAACAAAAGAACCUCAGCCGGAAACUCCCGUAAUACCUAAUAAAAAGCCCCAAGAAUCAUCCUCAGUCCCUGAUGAGGAUGAUGAUGUGAUAAUUAUGCCACAAAAGAUCGAUGUAAUUGACAUUGACGGUGAUUCAGAUGAGGAAAAACAGCAAAAGCGGGAAGAUGGAAAAUGUGAUCCGAAUAAAUGCAAAUUGUUGAGAAAGUUGCAGCAUGCCGAGCAAAAAUUGACCUAUUUGCAGACACUCAAAGAGAAAUUAACCACUGAGAAUAAGGCCCUAAAAGUAACAGAAGAAAAGAGGGUCCACAAACAUACCCUUGUGAAGGACUUUGUAAUUCACUUGCCGAAGAUUCUCUCUGAGAAUCAGAACAACAUUUUGUUCGGAAACCGACAAGUUGUUUGGCAACAUUCUGAAAUUCAAGAUGCCCUGGUACUGAGACAUCUCAGUCCAGAGUUGUACAUGUAUCUGAGAGAGGAAUUGACCUAUCCGUUGCCAUCUGUAACAGCCCUGAAUUCCUGGGAGAUCCACUAUCCCAAUGAAUCCUUGUCCAUCAAACAGUACGCCAUGGAGAUCCUGGAGAAUCAAUCUGAUUCUGACGGUGAUACAGACAUUGAGGAGCUUUAAUUAAUUUCAUGAAUUCAUCCCUUCAUUAAUUAAUUUAAUUAAUUUAAUUAAUUAAUUUCAUGAAUUUUCCAUUUAAGACACAUGUCAUUGAAGUAAAAAAUCUGUUUUUACCUUUUGAAAUGAAUUUAUUGAACUGAAAAAUACAAAAUUCAUCGGAAGUA